GACCUCCAUCAAGGGCUAAGAGGAGGUGCACGUGCCGGCCCUCAAGCCCAAGCCCAUGAGGAGGGCGAGGCGCUGCGCGAGAUCGCCGCGCUGCCGGACUGGGCGCGCCCCGCGUUCGCGGGCAUGGAGCCGCUCAACAGGCUGCAGAGCGCGGUGUGCGACGCGGCGCUGUCAGCGGAGAGAACAUGCUCAUCUGCGCCACCACGG